GGAGUGUUGGUGUAUGUGGAAAUCUCGCUAGUAGACUUAAACACCAUCGACUAGAAACUACUGUCAGUUGCUCUGGGGCCUUUGUGAAAACAAGUCGAAUAACAAAGAAAUAAUACAAAAUGGCUGAUAAGGAGAAGAAGGUCAAGAAGAAGAAGGCAAAGGAAGAGGGAUCCGCCGCCGAAUCAGCAGCUGAAACCGCAGCCGAAACACCAGCAUCUGCAGCCACACCAGCGGACUCAAAUAGAGGAUCAACCCGUGGAUCAGGCUCCAGACGGGCGAAGAAAGCUCCAUCAAGUGUGUUCGUCUUGUUCUCACAGAAACAAAUCGCCGAAUUCAAAGAGGCCUUUGCCCUUAUGGAUAAUGACAAAGACGGUGUCAUCGGCAAAGCUGAUCUCCGUUCAACCUUCGAUGCUUUAGGUAAAUUAUGCUCAGAUAAGGAAUUGGAUGAAAUGUUAGGUGAAGCACAAGGACCACUUAACUUCACACAAUUACUCACCCUCUUCGCUGCCCGCAUGUCUGGUGGUGGAGCCACUGAUGAUGACGACGCCAUCAUUGCUGGAUUCAAAUCAUUCGACGACGGUAAUGGCAAAAUCAACAGCGAGAAAUUCCGUACAUCACUCAUUACAUGGGGAGACAAAUUCACAGAAGAUGAGGUUGAUGAUGCUUUUGACCAAAUGGUCAUUGACGAUAAGGGUUUCAUUGAUACAGCAGCAUUGAUCACUAUGUUAACUGGUAGUGAAGAAGAAGAAUAAAUCAUUUAUUUAUAAACAUCUUUUCUUUAUCAAACCAACCCGUUACAUAACAUAAAAUUGUUCGCGCUUUUCAUUUCAUCAUAAAACGCGAUACGACCAUUGACAUCGAAACAUUUUUCGUGCGAUUUGUUAACAAGUCGGAACAGGAAAAACCAUAAAAAAAGAAUAAUGAAAACAUGCAAAAAUAUUUGAAAAAUCAUUUUUCACAAGAAUUUCACUUUAUUCAAUUUUUCAACUAUUGAAUCACAACUCUUUAUUUGUUUUUAAUUUCUAACUAUUUUUCUUUUUUAUUCAACAUAUUUAUUUUAACUACGCAAUAAUUUGCAAAUGAAGCAAGAAAUGCUUUUGUCACAAUUGAGAGAAGAAGCAAAGCAAGAAAAUUAAUAAUCUUUAAUCUUAUUUCUAACGAUAUCUUUUGUGGGGAGAAAGAUCGAUAAAUAAGCAGAAAAAUGUUUAGAAUUUUCUUUAAUAUCUAAUUUACACGUUUAUCAUUUUUUAUUUAUUUCUUAUUUUGUUGAAGAAACAUUUUAAUUAACCAAGAAACAAGAAAGCAAAAAAAAAAUAAUAAGCAAAGAAAGAAAUUACGCAAAGCAAUUUUUUAGUUGUUGUUUUAACGUUCAAACUUUUUAUUGAGAGAAGAACACGCACACACAAAAUUUUACCAUCUGAAAUGAUCGAGAGAGCACAAAAAAAAAGUUGAUUAAAACACGCAAUAAAAAAAUUGUUAUUGAUUAAUUAAGAGAGAGAAUUAAGGGUGCUGGUGAUUGAGAUAGAAUCAAGCGCAUCACCAGUGACAACAUCGCAAGUACUUAGCAUCUUUAGAAAACAUAAUUUGGCAGUUUUUUAACUAACAUCACGAGAGAGCAACAAAAAGAACCAAAUCCUAAAAAACAUUUUCUUGCAAACACUCAGAAAUGAUGAAAGAAAAAUUUUAUGAAAUUAAGGAAUUUAAACUUAAAGAUGAUGAAAAAUUUAAAUGGAGAUAAAAAACAAACCAAGCAAAACAUAAAAAAAUAAAAAGGAAAAGCCAAGAACCAAUUUGCAUAACAAAAUAGAACGCAAAAGGAAAUUAAAAUCCCAGUCGAGCAGAUGCUUUGCUCCUUGAUUUAUUAAUUCUUUUAAUUAUAAGACAUUAUGGAGUUAAAUAAGAUUUUAUUACAAUCAUAUAAAUAUUACCUAAAGAAA